AUGCUGGUCAAUAUCCUCGGAUGCUUUGUCGGGGCCCUCUGUGAAGUCAUGAUUCAGAUGACUGUCGCAGAUGUCUUCUUCGUCCAUCAACGCGGCUUGAUGAACAGCAUCUCCGUCUGGACUCUGACCAUCGGAUCUUCUCUAGCACCGCUGGCCGCCGGAUAUGUCACUACCUCUCAGGGAUGGCGUUGGGUCUGGUGGUGGACUGCCAUUUUGAUCGGAGUGUUUGUGAUCCUCAUGUUCUUUCUGUACGAGGAGACAAAAUAUGAGUGUCAGGCCAUUGGCGGCUUCCCAAGUCCCAGUCGCCCUUCCCAGGGUGACCUCUCCAGGCAGCUCGACGGUGACUUGGAGGAGAAACAAUCGCCUGCAAAGGAUGCCAUUGCCAGUGUCGUUCCACGCCCGGAGGUCCCCCUCGUCAGAGUCGAGAUCGAUCCGACAAUCCAGGUCAAACCCUACUGGAAAAAGCUGGCUCUCUGGUCAUCCUCACCAAAGUCCAUUCGAUUCUUGGUCAGACACAGCUACCAGCCCGAGACGCGGCUGUGGCUGAUUCUAACUUUUACGCAUUUCGUGGCCGCGGGCCUGCUGAUGUUUGGGAUCGGGCUCGAAAGGGGUCUACCGUGGCCUUUCAUCGCUGUUGGCUUGGGUGUGGCUUCGAAUUCUACAGUCAAACCCGACAAGUGUGGAAAGUUACUGACAGUGCACGCACGUCCCAUGCAGAUCAUCUCCGACACGCUCGUGGCCGUCACAUUCGUGAAGAACCUGUUCCCUACCGUCCUUGUCUUUACAUUGACGCCUUGGAUCGCAGCAGUAGGACUCGCAAACGUCUUCAUCACCGCCGCCGUAAUAUUUGUUAUCAUGCUGUUGGGGAACGUCAUCUUCAUCGUGUUUGGCAAACGGUUCCGGACCCGCUCGGGAGGCAAAUAUCGCCUCUAUGUUGACCAUCACCUGGGAACAGCGUAA